AUGCUGGACGCCUUCCGCCUGGGCCAGUCGACGACGCUUCCACCCCGCUGGGCCUCCGUCGGCGGCGGGUCGCUAUCCUCCCACCACGAGAGCAACCUGCCGCCGAGCGACUGGUGGUUUGCAUCCACGCAAUUCGUCAAGGGCAAAUUCGAGCAGCUCAAACAAGCUCGCGACACCAAGGGGGGAGCGUCGACCAGCCACGCAGCCACCGCCGCAUCACAGGUGGCACCGCCCCUCAGCACGACGUUCACAGUGUAUUUUCCGAAGUUAGACUACACAGCGGCGUCCUAA